CUUAAUGCUGAAAACAUGUCCCUUCAGCAACAAACAGUUGUAGAAAUUUACAAUGUACCUGUGGGCAUCAUCAGCUUGUUGUCAGUUUGUUACGGGACCGUGUCCUUGCUGGCAGUGAUGGGAAAUCUUUGUGUGUUAUGGAUUGUAGCUACUAGCCUCCGUAUGCAGACAGUGACAAACUUUUUUAUCGCAAACUUGGCCAGCGCGGACAUCAUUAUUGGUCUAUUUUCUAUUCCUUUUCAAUUUCAAGCGGCGUUGUUACAGCGUUGGGUUUUACCCGAAUUCAUGUGUGCGUUCUGUCCCUUUGUCCAGACUUUGUCUGUGAAUGUCAGUAUCUUCACUUUGACGGCUAUUGCUCUGGAUCGGUUUCGGGCCGUUAUGUAUCCUCUCAAAGCUAGAACUACAAAACUGAGAGCAAAGUUCAUUAUCCUGGGAAUAUGGGCAUUUGCUGCUGCCGCAAGCCUACCCUACGCCUUGGCCCUAAGAGUGACCUAUGUGUAUGACCCCACAACAGGGAACAAUACCAAACCCUUCUGUAACAACGUGGGCAUUUCAAAAUUGGUCUGGAGAACAUAUAGUCCAAUCUUAGUAUUUUUACAGUACUUCCUUCCCCUGUUCGUUAUCAGCUAUGCUUAUGGUCGCAUGGGUUUGAAACUGAAAGAUGCUCAAGCUCCAGGCAACGCAGAAGGGACACGAGAUGCUGGGAUUCUUCGAAACAAAAGAAAGGUCAUCAAGAUGCUUUUUAUUGUUGUUGCUCUGUUCGUAAUCUGCUGGCUUCCGUUCCAAACGUACAACCUCCUACAAGAGAUAUUCCCACAAAUUAAUAGCUAUAAAUACAUCAACGUCAUAUGGUUCUGCAGUCAUUGGCUAGCCAUGAGUAAUUCCUGCUACAACCCAUUUAUUUAUGCCAUCUACAAUGAAAGAUUCAAACGGGAGUUUCGACACAAAUUCCACAGAAGCAGCCAUAGGAGACGCCGACAACAGCAGUUCUCGGACCUGGAUAACUCAAACACCUUGGUUCUUUCUGUGCGGCAGUCAACCCGAGGAUCAAGAAAUGGACAAAAGCACUUCAUCAACAAGAAACACAUCAUCAACCAGGCUCAAUGUUCCGCCUCGAAACCACACCACCAGCCUAUAGUGGUAGAUCUCUGCUCAGAAACAAGAGUUGAACACGUUCUUGGAUCAGUUCAGGUCCAAACAGCGUCAACUUUUACUAGUUCUGUUUAGAAGAACGUUCAUUCAUAUUCCAAGCUAAGUGAGAAAACCAAUAUCUCGUUGUGUAACUUUUCAAUUAUAACAAAAUGUCAUUCUCGUCUUCUCUCUUUUUAUUCACAAACUGUAAAGAUGGAUCUAGUAGAAUGUG